AUGACUCGGCCUGCGGAGGAGGCGUCCCGAGAGGCGGGCGAGGCCCAGCCUGUCUGUUCUGCUUCUUUGGCGUCGCGCUGCGGUUCCGACCAGAUUCUCUUCACCUCCUGCUCACCGGUUCUCGUUUUCCGUGCCCCACCUCGUCCUUCGCGUCCAAAGGAGACAUCUGAGUCCCCCUCACUCCUGGACUCGCCCUCUGUCAAAUUGCUCCCUUCGGCGCCUUCUCUUCUGCAGCUAUUCUCCCUCGCGUCUUCGUCCUCUUCUUCCACUUCUUCCUCUCCUUCUUCUUCCUCUUCUUCUUCCACUUCUUCCUCUCCUGCUUCCUCUCCUUUUUCCGCUUCUUCUUCCUCUCCUGCUUCCUCUGCGUCUUCUCCGGCGUUUGCGACACUCUCGCAGCUUCGUCAUCUGUCUGUACACCCGCUGUUCGCGUCCCUCGGAGCGUAUUUCCGCCGCGGCGGGCUCGUCGCGUUUCCGACGGAAACCGUGUACGGUUUGGGCGCGGCUGCGACCGUUCCCGCUGCAUGCAACCGCGUUUUCUUUUGCAAGAAACGGCCGGCUUCAGACCCGCUGAUUUGCCACGUGGUGUCUGUACAACAGGCCUUCGAGCAGGUGUUUGACCUCGACGAGGAAGACAGCGAACAAAGCGCGAGAGACCGCCUGACAGAAAACCCGACAGCCUUUCCUAGGAAGUUCACGCCGCAGGAGAGACGCGACUUGCGGCUUCUGAUUGAAACCCUCGCCGACGCCUUCUGGCCUGGGCCUCUCUCAAUUGUGGCGAAGGGAAAAAUCCUUGAAGAUCGCAAAGACGGAACGGGCGUGGCGCUCGCCGUCACUGCAGGAACGCGGCUCGUCGCCGUACGGUGCCCUAAUCACCCCUACGCGCUGAGUCUCAUCGCAGCGGCAGGCGUGCCUAUCGCUGCGCCUUCUGCAAACCGCUUCGGGCGAAUCAGCCCGACUCGCGCGAAACAUGUCCUCAAUCAGUUUGCCGUCUCUCAGCCCGCGGAGGGGCCAACCGUUCCAUCUUCCUCGCCUUCUUCAUUGUCUCCGUCGUCGUGGUCGGCCCCGGGGUUUGCUGGAGAAUCUGCACGGGGCGCACGUUCUGUCGAAAGCGAGGCUGCAUGCGGCGGGUCUGCGGGGAACGGGGCGGCCGAAAACGAGAGCGACGACGGACGCGAGUUGAAGAAGAGGAAAGCGACGACGGAAGGCUUCACAGGGGAGACGAGACGCGUGGCGAACGACGCGCUGGCGACCCUGUUGUCGCAGCGUCCAGACGGCGACGAGAUGGUCCUCUUGGACGGCGAAGAAGAAGACUGUUGUUGCCUCGGCAUUGAGUCCACGGUGAUCAAAAUCGCUCCCCCCUCUCUCUCUUCCUCGCGCCUCGCCGUGUACGACAUCGAGAUCUUGCGGCGGGGCGUGAUUUCUGCCGAAAUGGUUGCGGAGACACUCGAGGCCGCCCGCGAGAAGUCCCCGGCGUUUCCUUCUGUGCGCGUGCGCGUUUCCGAGAAGCUGCAGUACCACUUGACGCUGGAAAAGCCGGGUUCUUCGCCGUCUUCUUCGCCUCGCUCUGCGGAUGCGAGUUCCGCCUCGAGCGACAAGGGCGCGAGGAAGCGCGACGGCUCCGACUCACCUGGAAAUACGGCGGAGACUCCACGAAGGCGGCAGCGUCAACAAACGCCAGACUUGAACGGAGGUCGCAAAGAGGGAAACUCCCACGCGCGGUCGUCUCCGCAGUCGUCUGAAACGCGUCAGGGCGCCGAUGACGCAAUGGAAAGCCCAGGCCUCGCCCUCACCCACUACGCCCCGUGUCUGCCGUGCAUGUUGAUUGUUUCCGGCGGUGACGGGGGCAACGCAAACGCCGCAAACGACGAGCGGGUUGAAGAGCCUGCGCGACGAGACCGAACGCAGGACAGCGCCACAGAAGCCGAGUCGACGGACAGUCCCCCUUUCCUCGAGGGAUCGUCGGUCGUCGUGAUUGAUGCAGAUCGAUCUCUGCGUCCUCUGCGACGCCAUUUCCUCCGGUACAUUUCGAUUCUUUCUCCUGGCAGAGAAGCCGGGGGAGUCCAAGCGACGGCAGACACCUCGAACGGCGAGUGUACGGACACUGCGCAGGCGGGGAGAGAGACCGAGGAAGAGAAGUGGAAGAAACUGUCGCAAAUCGCUGCGGGGAAUGUCUUUGCCGCUCUUCACGAAGCAGAAGCCAUCGGCCUCCAGUUGGGCGCGAAGGCGAUCUUAAUCAACGCAGCGCCUCUUUUGAAAGGACGCGAGGCAGGCCUCGCUGUUUUUGACCGCCUUUUCAGGGCUGCGUCGGGAAAACAAGCGCAAAUGCGGAGUGCAACGGCCAGCUCGCCUACGGGAGUGCAGUUUUUUCCGCUGUGA